AUGCCGUUCAAGCUCGACCCCGAGAUCGAGGCUAUCCUCGCGCCUAUAAUAAAGGCCAAAGGCAACAUACCAGCCCCAGCAAUAGGGGACAUUGACGCACGACGUGUCACUUUCUAUAACAUGUUGGGUGCUUUCAAUAGCGGUCAUCCAGUGCCUGAAGAUGUGGUGAUGCAGGACUACUAUGCCCAAACCGCCGACAAUCAUCCCCUCCUCCUUCGCUGGUACACCAAGAAAAGCGCCAACCCCAGUACUAGCAAUUCGCCAGCCGUCGUCUACAUUCACGGCGGCGGCAUGAUCCUUGGUUCCGUUUCCCACUGGGAGCACAUCGUCGCUCGCUAUGUCUCCGCCUCGGGCGUCCCAUUCCUCAGCGUCGAAUAUCGCUAUGCCCCUGACUAUCUACACCCGACCCCACUUGAGGAUGCAUUCUGUGGAUUAACAUGGCUCCGCGACCAUGCAUCUGAGCUGAACGUUGACCCAGCCCGCAUCGCCAUUAUGGGCGACAGUGCUGGAGGAGGCAUAGCUGCUGGCGUUGCCCUUCUUUCACGCGAUCGCCAUUUCAACCCCCCAAUCGCCAAGCAGAUACUUAUCUACCCUAUGCUCGACGACCGCACCAUCAUUCCUGAUCCUAACAUCGUCCCGUUUGCGACAUGGACCUACGAAGACAAUAAGACAGGCUGGGGAGCUCUCUUUGGGUCCGGCUCCGUUUUAGUCUCUCCCUACGCUGCUCCUGCGCGUAUGGUGGAUUUGGCCGGUCUUCCGCCAACGUAUAUUGAGGUUGGACAGCUGGAUAUAUUCCUCAAUGAGGAUAUUGAGUAUGCGCGGCGCCUGUCUGAAGUUGGGAUCGCUACCGAGCUGCAUGUGCACCCGGGAUGCCCUCACGCUUUUGAAGUGAUGCCGACAGAUACGGAUGUGGCAAAGAGGUCAUUUGCAGAUCGGAUCAGAGUGUUACAAAGUUUUUAA